UGAGCGUGAAGUAAUAUUCCGCACACAAAACAUUUCGUCCGAGAGGGAGCAUAUUUCAGUUUGAACAGAACAUUCGCUUGCGUCGGAAGCAACCUGUGUGUAGUUACGUAGUAUGCACGUACAAAAGUGUGAAAUAGCUGUUAGGCAGUGAACGGGUGUGAGAUAAGGCGAGAGAUAAAUUGAGCAGAUAGAGAGCGACCAGAGAAAGCGCUUCUCUAAGCACCAAACGCGCAGUGUGUUUGUGAUUAUGUAAACGUGAUUCGACCACUGCAACCGCGAUCUCAGGAGGCUGAUUUGUGAGUGCCAAGCCGUGUUUAGUGUACCGUUCGUGGUUGUACCCGUGUGUGUCUUCUCGAAAGGUGUCCGUUUGACGGUGGAUGUGUUGUAGUUUCGCGUAGUGCAUUUGCGCUCGCCGUUUCAGUGGCAGUAUUAUCAUUUUCAUCCAUCGAUCCUCUGCGGUGUGCACACACAGUUCGGAGCAGUUCUGCUAUUUUCCAUCCUAACACAAAACAUACUCGACGGCACGGCUCUUUGCAAAACGACAGAAGAAGAAGAAGAGUCUGCUAGUGCACGUGAGUGAACUGAUUUUGUGGCAGAAUUCCUUCCAAGUGCGCCAUAUUAUUUGCUCGACGACCUAGCCAAGCGGCAUCAAACGGUCAAUUAUAGCAGAAGAGUACGCUCCCGGGAACGGAUCUGCCGAACGGGACGAGCCACCGAUGGUUGAAUAAUUCCACCGCGAAGACAACGACGUUCCACCACGAUCACAGCAGGCGGCACAACAGUCACGCUGUCAAGUUCCCCCGCGAAAGACGCAGCUUUUCUGCCGGCUGUAAAGCACACCGUGGAAACAUCUCCUAACUGUGGCGUGUGGUCUCCACAGACGUUAUUCAAAAUAGGAACCCUUUAAACAAUGAAGGGCUGGUUUGACGCGUUCCGCGAUGACGGAGCGCCAACGCUUUACUCGUUCUCUAAUCGUACCCCCGUCACGGGCGAUGUCUCCAUCGUGGCGGUUUGUGUGAUGUUCGCCACCGUGUAUUUGGCGUUUCUGGUCAUUUUCCCGGGUGUAAGGAAGCAGAAAUUUACAACUUUCACUACCGUUACUUUAAGUCUGUUCGUUGGACUAGUCAUAUUAGUAAGUCGCCUUGGCUCCGGCUGGCAUGUGGCCCAAUCGACGAUCGUUGCACCGUACCGUGCAUUCUCGCGGGAGAAGCUGCCCGCCCGCAUCGGUGCGCACAUCGGGCUGAUGCACAUCAACAUCUCCCUGACGGCGCUACCGCUCGGCAACUGGACACCGCCGGACAUUGAUUUCAACGAGCGAUUCAGCUGGAAUCAGGCGAACGAUAUGGGCAACUCCUACCGCGAUGCACUGCAGCGUGGACUACCCUACCCGAUACUGACGGUGGCAGAGUACUUCAGCCUCGGCCAGGAAGGGUUCGCCUGGGGCGGCCAGUACCGGGCCGCCGGUUACUAUGCCAGCAUUCUGCUAUGGGCAUCGUUUGCCGCGUGGCUCCUGAUGAAUCUGCUGCUGGUCGCGGUACCUCGCUACGGUGCCUACACGAUGACCCUGACCGGUGCACUGCUGAUAGGGGCCAGCAUCGGCUACAGCUCCAUGCUUCCGAAGCGUCCGCUGACGAUCGUUAUCGAAGGGGCACGAAUCGAUUUCCAUCUCGGCUGGUGCUUCUAUCUCGUACUCACCGCUGGAGUGUUAUGCUUCGCGAUCGGAUUAGUCAUUUCCAUCAUUGAUCUUGUGUGGCCUCAUCGCUUUUCCACCAUAUUGGAGGUAUACUAUGACACGCCAUACGAUCGGCACGUGAUUCUGGAGGAGUCUCAUGACGUUAGAUAUCGUAAACGCAACAGCAAGGGCCUUGAAGAGCCUCCCGGUCUGGGAUCUCGCAUCCUGAGACGUCUAUCCUCAAAGACUCGUGAUCAACACACGGAUAAGAUGGGCAUUGAAAACCGUGGAUUCCAGCACGAUGUUCCCAAGUCUCCGUGGCGUUAUCCGUUCCGGCGGGCUCAGCAAACGCCUCCUCAAGGUAUCCAGCGUACGAUUUCGCAGGACUCCACAUCCAGCAUUGCAUCUGCUGCUGCCAUGUCUCAAUCGCUCCACAAAGUUGCCCUCUCGCGAAUGCUACCGAAACCUCCGCUAGAACGUACACGAGAAAUUUCCAACUGGUAGAGCCCAGAAGGUACGCCAUCUAGUGUCUUGGAUAGUGAUCGCAUAGAGAGAGACGAUAGAGCAGAGUACCGUCUUUAUGCGUGAUGAUCUUUUGUGAUAUUUAUAAGAGUGUACACAAACCUCCCACAUGGUCAAUGAUGACACUGAUGUAUUUUAUCGACGCACUUUUAACAAACAAACACAUCCUUCAUCUGUAACUCUGUGCCCUACUAACGUCCGUCCAUCUGUGACGUGAAUAAUUAAGAAAAUUGACAAAUGCUUAGUGAACGGGGAUCGUAUUCUGGAUGGAGUUUGACACAUAAGUUUUAUUCUUAGUCGUGAAAGUUUUAAUGUAGAAGAGGAGACGGUUGAUACGGAGCCGCCUAAACUCGACUUGAUGCAUUCAUUUGUAAGGACACCUCGUGUUAUCUAGAUUUUGCUACUCGCGAUGUGAUUGACACAGAUAAAACGCAAAGCAGAAAUAUUCCGAAUCCGAACCGAGGGCUGAUCAAUGUUAAGUUAUUUAUUGUUCCUCUACCAGUGUUAGCGAUGUAGCAGUUUCAGUAAUGCGUGGCACAAAGCGAAACGAAUGCGCUUAUAGCGCGGAUCUAUGUUAAUCAUUGCAUUGUAAGACCGUAUGGUUUGUUAGUAACGUAAGGAAGAUUGUAAACUAUUUCUUGACGAUAAAUCUGCGACAAAAAAAAUCAGCGCAAAUGGACGAAAUGGAAUAAAAGUCAGAUUUGAACUGCA